AUGGACCAUCUCUUAAUACCUCUGAACCGGCAACCUCCCGUCCGCCUGAGUUGCACAUUCAUCCCCUGCACUUCUCGCCUCGCGCCAGCAAACACCCUGACAAUCUUUCUCUCUGGGAUGGACAACCCACAAAAAUGGUGGUUUCCCACUAUAUCCUGCCUCUCAGACCUUCAGGGACUCACCACGCCAAUGCUAACGUACGACCGACCUGGUUGUGGCACCACCAUCGACCGGAAUCCUGACGUCGAGAUUCCAGGACGGCCUCGGGGCCAUGGAAGGGAUCUCUUAGACGCGGCUCACGACCUUCGUGAGCUCGUUCUCGCAAUCGGGAAAUUAAAAUUAGGGAUCGAAGAGAAAGACAUUGGGAAGCUAAAGAUUGUGUUUGUAGCGAGUUCGAUAGGAGUAGCGAUCGCGAGGUUAUAUGCCGCCGAGUAUCCGAAAACUGUUUCCGGCUUUUUGAUUUUAGACUCGGCAAUUGCGAACUCGGAUACUGUCUCUAUUUUUCCUGAUCCCGAUGCUCCAAGCUUUGAUGAGGGGAAAUUGCCGCCGGGUCUCACGGCGAGCAUGUGCAGAGACGCGAGGAAGAAGAUCGGAAAGGUAUAUCACAUGAUGGGACCAACGAAGGAGGGCCUUUGGAGGGGGACAAUUAGCAGUCUUCUUCCUUACGCUGAUCGCCCGAUGUUGGAGGGUCCGACGGAGGGCGCUCCGUACGUGACGGUCGUAGAGCACGAUAUGGAAAUUUUCCCCAAAAUGGUGGAAAAGGGUCUCAAUGUACCAGAGCGCCUCACAAGGCUGUAUUUUAAUCCGUGUUGGCAUGAGUAUAAUUUAGGAUUGGCUAAGCUUACAAAACAGCAUUUAAGUAAGGGACCUCUUGAGGCCAAGGGGAGUGGGCACAUAAUUCACCGGGAUGAUCCGAAGUUGGUGGCUCAAGAACUCGCGGAGAUCCUGGAUAAAUUGAGUUUGCAAGGGAUGGCAAGUCAUAUCUAA